AUGGCUCUCGUCAACUUGCCACCCGAGCUGCUCUUACGCGUAUCAACCUUCCUUACUACCACCGAACUCGGCAAUUUCAGACUCACAAACAAGCAUAACGAGAGAACUUUGUUCGACUCAUUCGCUCGCGAGUUCUUCACCAAGAAGCAGUUUAUGCUUGAACAAAUCAGUCUCCAAGCUCUGGUCGACAUCUCGAAACAUCCAACUCUUUCCUUGCGCCUGUCUGAAGUCGUCAUCGGUACCCAAGUCUUCCCCCCAGACCCAGAGCUGGCCUCUUCGUUCGGCAGAGCAAUGUACGAGGCUGGUUAUGUCCACCAUGAAGUUCUCAUGGCAACUGGUCAGGCAAUGCACAUGCUAGCCGCCGCCUUUUCACGCUUGCCAAACUUGCGUACUGUGGGCUUGCGCGACUACAACGGACUGGGUCGUUAUCGAGAUGGAGAGUUUGCUACCUGGAAAAGCUGGGGCUGGUCCUUUGGCUGGGAGCAUCAAGAUACCUAUCUCCCAUCAGGCCAAUACCAUCGUACUCUCAGGAUCAUCCCGCCCGAGUCUAUCUUCCCUGUAAUUCUCUAUGCCCUGGGCACUGCCAACGUGGUUCCCGAGAGCAUCCAUGUCUUCCUGCGCAAGCAUGCAAAGCUCACACCACGCUCCUUCAACGUUCUGGAUGGCUACAUGGGCGAAAAGAUCAGACCCGUGCUCGGCGAGAUGAAAGAACUCAUGUUGGCCAUCGCCCUCGACUCGCCUUACCCCUCCUUCAUGCCUAGUCUGCCACCAGACUCUCGAACAGCUACCGAUGCCACUCUCGCACGCCUGUUGCAAUGCAUGCCAAAGCUACAAACUCUGCGCCUCAACUUUGAUCCCCACCAAUCACUCGGUUCGCACUUCCUGGGUUGGCUUGGAAGUCCUGUUCCUAGUACUCCUACGCUCUCUCCAAGCUCGACAAUCAGCUCCGUCGCAUUGCCUAACUUGACCGCGCUCGAACUAGGCAUGCUCAACGUGCCUGCUUCAGUACUACUGAAGGUCCUCACAAAGUUCAAUCUGGAGUCAUUCAGCAUGUGGAAGUGUGUGCUCCACUCAGCAUCACUCGACAACGAGGAAGACUGUUUGGGGCCGCUACUUCAUAAUCUCGCCGUUGCGUUGCCUCAAUCAACACGCCUCAAGUCUGUGCUCAUCGGCUUCCCAUCGCAAAUGUAUUGUGAUAACGGAUUCGGCUUCGGCAGAGAAGACCCCAUCUGCUUCAAGCCUGUUGGCGCCGGUGAUGUGGGCACUUACGACAAAGCAGAACUGAAGUCUGAAGUCAAGCAUCAUGCCGGCCCUGGUACAAGCAUGAAGGACUGGCUGGAGAUGUUGUCCAAGCGCACGCAUAUCAGGACGCCCGAAGAGUACUCUGACAUUUCGCUAAGUCCCGAGACCGUUCAUUCGGACGUUCUCGAUCCGGACGAGGAGCGUGAUGAUGGCGAUGAAGAUGAUGACGAGGACACGGACGAAGAUGAGGAUGAAUGA